AUGCUAUCAAAGAUUGCAGCCUGCAAUCUCAGCUUCAUCCAGAUCGAGAUCGGGGACGACUUGCCAAUCAAGCUGACCGAAGUCGAACCAAUUGGCCAAUUCAAUGGUAGUACAAUUAAUGAUUUGCAAUUUACCAUGGACAAAAUUGCGAUGAAAAACGCACAAAAUGAUGAGCUAGGAGGCCCGAUCAAUAUAACGAUUUCCGUUAGAUUGGCGGACGCUGCGAAGGAAGGAGAUAAGAAAGUUUUAACGGUAAAUUAUGGAACAAGGGAAAAACACUAG